AUGGAUAUUUGUAUAAGUCAUCUUUAUAAUAGACAAAUAAAAAAAAGUAUAUUACAGGAUGUAUUUUACAAAUUAGAAAAUUAUGAUAAUGAAGGAUUUUUAUGUUUUGAUAUAAAUUCAAGUGGAAAUCUGCUGGUAGCUUCCUCUAAAACAUCUCUUUAUUUUUUCCACAUUUUAACUGGUACUUUGUUAGUACAAUAUUGCUAUUCUAAUGAACAAGAAAAAUACAAACAUCUGAAAAAAGACGUUUUCGAAGAAGUAAAUAUAAAUUCCUUUGACUUAAAUGGAAUAAAUAAUGGUUAUAGCCAAUAUAGUAAUAAAAUUGGGGAUGAUAAAAAUGAAGGAAACUUUAGUGGGAAUCAGAAUGGCAUGAACCAUAACGAUAUUGAAUAUGAUCAAAAAGACGGAAAUGAUAAUAAUAACGAAGAUGCGAACAGUGGUGAAAAUACUAAUAAUGAUGAACAUGUGAACUAUGAUGAAAAUGAUAAUAAUGAGGAAGAAGUCAACAAUAACGAAGAUGCUAACAAUGAUGGUCAUUGGGAUGAAAACAAAUAUGCACAGUAUAAGCAAAGCAAAAAUUGUGUAGAAGACUUAAAAAAUAAAAACGAAUAUGAUAAAAAUUGUGCUACUGCAAACAUGACAGAUAACUUGCAAAACGAAUAUUCUGAGAAGUUGUUUACAGGAAAUAUCUCUCCUUUUAAUAAUGAUUUUGAAAGAAGAAAUAAUAAAAGAAAGCAAUUUUCAUUAAAAGGACAAAAGAUGAAGAAAGUAAAGAAACGUUCUAGACACCCUCAGAAAAGUUUAAACAAAAAUCAAGAUAAUACAAAUUGUUCAAAAAGUAAAAAUAAUGACUGUAGCAAUAAGAAAAAUUCAGAAGAAAAAUUGGAAGAUGAAAAUAUAUAUAUUAAAAAAGUACAGUUUAUAAAAAAUGAUGAGUAUUUACUAUGUAUAUCAAAAAGAUAUUUGCACAUAUAUAAAAUAUGCAAAUACCCUAUUACUAGAAUAGUGUAUAUUGAUUUAUUAUAUUUGUGUAUUGGAAUUGAAACAAUUAUAUCGGACAAGUUAUUUUUUCCUUGUUUCUUUUCCGAGUAUUUUUAUUUUUUAUAUAAAACAAAUGAAUAUAAACGAUCAGAAAGGGUCAUUAAUAAUGCUUUAAAUAAUUAUGCUAUACAUUCAGUGACCCCCAAUUCGGAUAUAGAUAUGACUAAAUGUAAGGAAAAGUCCGAUUAUUUUGAUAUGGGCAAAGAAGUGGAUAUUACGCACCUAUGUAUUGGGGAUGCUGCAGGAGAAAGAGGACAUUUACACAUUUUAAAAAAAUUUUAUAAAUUGUAUGAAAGUUUAAAUUUUAAGAAAAUUAGAAAUUUUGAAAUGUGUGAAGUUAAGUGUAUAAGUUUAAAAAAAAAAAAUUAUAUAGAUAACGAUGAAAAAAAAACUGUUUAUAUAAUAGAUUUGAUUUUAUGUUUAAAGGAGCAAAUUCCAUAUGUGUCAAGAAUAUAUAUAGAACAAAUAGGUGAGCAUAUAAAUGAGUUAAAUAAAGAAUAUAUGAAUGAUUAUAUUGUUGAUAUAAAUCAAACGUUUCCCCUAAUUUCUGUUGAACAUAUGAAUAUUACAUUUCAAGAAAGCGCAAGAGAAAGGUGUGCGCAUGUGAAGAAGGAUACGGUAUAUACAAAGAGUAAAACAAAAAUUAAGAAAAAAUAUUUGAAAGGAUUUUUAAAAAACUUAGUCAAUAAUCAAGGAAGAUGUGUAAAUCAAAAGGAACGCAAGUAUAUGAUCAGUGGUGUGGGAAACGUUGAGACGAUAGAAGAUAAUAUAAAAAUUUUAAAUACCACAGAUGGUCAUAUCAACCAAAGUAGUUGCUUAUUAAGCAUUCAUUCAGAUAACGUUGAUGAGAAGGAUAGCUCAUGCAAUGAGGCAAAAGAUAAGGAUGAAAAUAUUGGAGAAAGGAAAAACGAAGAAAUUUCCGAUUUGACGAAAUAUUACGAAAAUUAUGAAAAAAAUAGAAAAUACUUAAAAAAAAUAGUGAAUGGGUUUUUUCCUAUAUGUUUUUAUAAGAAAGGAUGCAAAAGGAGGUUUAAAGAAUUACCAACUGCGCUAAAUAUAUACGACAAUUUAGAUAACCUUUUGAGAGAGAAUGCUGAGAAAAAAAUAUGCAUUUUGGAGGGAGAAGAAAAACUAGAAGGAAAAGAAGAAAAACAAAAAGACGUAGCAGAAGAACAAAAAAUAGUAUAUAGGAGAGGACACUUUAAAAAGGAAAAUAACCACUACAUCUUUGACUAUUCUGGAAAGGAUAAAAACAACUAUUUUAAAUUUCCAUGUGAUUUACUAAGAAAUAAAAAUACGCUUAAAAAUGUGAAUAAAUAUAGGAAUGUAGACAAGAACAGUCACUAUGUAUUUGUGGGUACGUAUUCUUAUAUACUUGCGUUCGAGUUACAUUAUAUAAAAGAAGGUGCUAUUAUAGAAGAAAAUGAAAGUAGUAAGAUGAACCUGUUCACAAAUAAUAUCGCAUGUGAAAAAAUAAAAAUUAUAAAAGAUGAAGUAUAUAAGGUAUAUAAUAAUUUCUUUAGAACUGUCAAAACAAAAAAAUUGUUUGAAAAAAAAAUAGAAUUAAAAUUUUUAUUUAAAAUAUAUUUGGGAAUAGUAGCACCUUUAGAAAUUGUUAUAAGAGAGAAGGGAAACAUUUUAUGUGUUAGAACACAAGAGAAAGUUUUUUUGUACAAAAUUAAUUACAAAUAUAGUGUUGAAAAUUCUUUAAUAAAUGAGAAUGAAAGAGGAAAUAGUAGUAAAGGGGUUCCAAUCUCUGCCGAUACAAAUAGUACGUCGAACAAAAUGGGAGACAAUUCUUCAUUAAUUGAAUCCGAAAAAAAAGAAAACGAGAAAGAGAAAACAUUUAUUUACAGUCGUAUUGAUCAAAUAUGUUUAUAUCACACAAUUCAUAAUCCUAUUCAAAAAGAAAUACAUGAGUUAUGUUGUUUUAGUGAAGACAUUUAUCACUCCAGCUUAUUAGUUGUAUCUUUAAAAUCAGGAAUAUACACAUUAUAUAUUUAUGACUUAAAAAUGAUGGAUUUACAAAAUGCCGUUAAGGUGAACAUUUCUGCACAUAAAGGGUUUAAACAAAUAAAAUGGGUAAAAUGUUAUGAUAUGUUAGUAGCUUUGUCAAAUGUAGGGAAUUAUAUAUUAAUUUUAAAAAAUAAACAUUUAAAUAACUGGAGUUUUUUUAUAUCUGACUUUGAAUUGAUAGAUUCAAAUAUUGAAGUAAUUGAAGAAGACAAUGAAUUUGAUUUUAUUGAAAACAUUCAACCGAAGCAUAAAAAUAUAGAUGAUGAUAUAUGGAAAUAUUUUAUAAUUUAUUUAAAUAUAUUUGUAAAAAAUAAAAUAUGUAUUCAGAAUUUAAAGCACCCAUCUUGUCUCUUUCCAAUGUUAUACACGGGAUAUUAUAAAAAUUGUCCAAAAUAUUUUUUUUACGACUCAAAUUAUGACUUUUCAAAAGAAAAUUUCUUGAAUUUCAAUUUAGAUGCAUCUGUAGAGAAAAAAUGGGAAGAUACAGGAAAAAACGGAAAAAAAAAAAGUAAUAAAUUUUUACAAAUAAGAGAAAAUUUGUUUCAUUACACAAAUUUAAAAUUUGAAGAAAAAGACGAGACGCAGGAAAAUGAUUUGUUCAUUGUGGACAACUCUAAUACUGUGCACUUAUUCACAAGUAGCCCAAUAUAUUAUUUAUAUUACAAGAAUAUAAUAAAUUUUUCAAUUUAA